AUGGACAAUGACGAGGAUGAGGACGGUAACUUCACCAAGUGGAUGAGCAGCUACUGGGGUCACAAUGCCGGGGAGGAGCAGACGAAGGAGAGGAGGCACAGCUUCCGGAGGCCGUCUAAGCCCUACUCCGGCCGCCGGGCAUCGCUGCCCUGUCCGUCGCAGUUGGACGCUAUGCAGCUGAACCGCCUCCACGCCGCCACAAUGGCGCCUGCGCCCGCCCACCUCAAGUCCCGGGACAAGAAGGAGGCCAGGCCCCACAACAACGUCUUCCACACCCCCUUGCUCACCCCCAUGGAGGACAACAGCCAGGCCCGGAGCCCCAGGCUGGACCAGCGCAUCACCACCAUCAACGAGCUGUCCGAGACCUUCGAGCGGAAGCUGAAGUUCCGCAGCCGGAACGUGAUGUCGCUGAGCGAUGCGGACGACCUGUGUAUGAUCUGCCACGAGAACAUGCGCAGCUGCGGAACCGUGGUCACCGAGCUGCACUGCUCACACCACUUCCACAAAGAGUGCAUUGAGCAGUGGCUGUGGAAGAAGCAGUCUUGUCCCACCUGCCACAUCCAUGUGGCCAUGCCCGAACCCUUCUACUGGUCCUCUGGCCGCGUCAAAGUGCCCUGAUUCUGCUGCGAGGUCUCCAGCAUGCAGCCAAAACUACCCACCCCACCCCCACCUCCAUCCCCAUUCCAUCCUGCACCCCAUAACCCCUCCAGGGCUGAACACCCUGAAGAGCUAUGCAGGCGGCUGAUGGUGACCCAACCCCACUUUCACAGCACAGCACUAUGCAGCAAGGUGAGAAACCCCACCGGACACCUGUUAGAGCUCUCCUCAGCCAGAGCCCCAAUCCAGCAGCUGCUACACCUGUACCUGCUGAUGCCUACAGUGUCCGGGCAACAUGUAAUCGUCCUGAACCCGGAGCAAGUUAGACAAGGGAAGGCAAGCCAGUGUAGUGUAGCAAUGUAUCUUCUGAACAGCAAAUAAUGGUACUGAAAGUGAACUGUGUUUUUUACCUGCUUUGAAUUAUAUUGACAACAACCCGGAAUGUAAAAAUGAAUGUAAUGUAGUGAAUAUGAACUGUCAUUAGAAGUCCAGUGCUGUCUGGGGCACUGAGGCAGAACUGACCAGGCAUUAACCAAAGCAAGCUGACUCCACACAAGGGCUUUCUUACUUUCAGAGAACUCAGGGUAAUUAGAGCACCACAUUAAAAGCCACAGAUAGGUUCUCAUAUUUCUUCCUCUCUACCAUCAAAAUCCUAUCCCUAUCCUAUUACCACCCCUGCCUUUGUCUGAAUCCCAGCAUGCACAUCACCCCCUUGGAGUUGGUUGCAAAACAUGCGUUCUGCCAAACAAUAGAACAGGGAGAGCUAGAGGAUGUUUGUCAUAUUACCUCUACAAAUAUUGUAAAUAAUAUUAUUUAAAUGCUUAUAUAUGCUUGUUGUCAUUACUAUGAUAUACUGUAAUUGCUUUUACUAUUAUGUAACAGGUACAGGGAGAAAAACAUUGUCAGUAUUGUUUUUGUAAUGUAUAUAAACUGUAUGUGUAUCUGCCAUUAUCAACACACCACAAGAACCAGUUACAUCCUGCAUGAUGGAGCAGGGAUUGUGCUCGUGGAAAA